UGCUCCAACGGUGCUGCUGGAGAGACGUGCAUGUCGUGCGGUUGUUACAACACUCGGUUGGCGUCCUUCGGGAGCGGGAAAAGGUGUCCUCGCUGGUUGUUUACUGCCAUGUGAUAGAGCUCCGUUUCAGUUGACCGCCGACCCUCGGAUGGAGCAGCGUGCUCGGAUGCUCUCCUUUUCUGUCCCUGCUGGUAGUUGCCUGUUGUGCUCAGUGGUCAUUUUGAAGAGUGAUUGGAAUGGGACAUUCAGGUGGAUUGUGCGCUCGGAUCCAUCAGGUGUGCAAUUGUAUCCGUUGUUGAGCGGAUUCCCGCGCUGUUCUGAUUGGUGAUUGGCGAUUUAGAUACACAGACUGCUCCGGGGGUGAAGAGAGUGAGGAUGAUUGAUUGUAAUCGACAAUUUGAUUUCGUUUAGUCGUUUAUAAAUAGUUCACAUAUAAUUGCCGAUAAUUGUGUAGAUGUGUACGAGUGUUUGUGUACAACCGACGGAGCGAAACGGAACCAAUCGUUUCGGAUCAUUUGCGUUGAGCAAUCGUUGGUCUUCCAUAAUCUGUGAAGUAGAAGGGCUAACUGCAUAAUCAUGUUAUGAUUGGUCGGAUUUUUCAAGCGCCGCUCGAUGGACGCUAGCAUCCCGUGACCAAACGUGUGUGAAAUACCUGGUCUUCGAUGGCGGUUCGAUACAAAGUUUCCCCAAGUUGACCAACGUCGCUUUCUUUGAACCAAACUUGCACAACAGACUCGAGCUUCGUCACUCUAUUCAACACGGUUGUGUGAGUGUACUCUGGAUCAAGUGACGACGUCCAAAAGUUAAGCGAACGCACUAGGUGAUGUAAAAGUUUUGCUUUCAAGAAGAAAACGAGUGAUCGAACAACAAAUUGAUCAAAUUGUCCGCAACAAAGGCAACAAAGUGUGAGGGACAAAGUUUUGCUCCCUGCAAGAGGACGUCGUUUUUGUGCCACAACUUAACCAACAGGGCUGUCGGAGAGGAUUCCCGGAGGGGCGGCAAAAUCCAUCACGGCAAACACUCCAUCAACGAUAAAACUCCUGGAUUCUAUUUUGAACCCACUAAGAAGAACAACCCAAAAUCAUGGAUCUUAACAGGUGACACAUUAUUGGCCAAGUCCAGCAAUGUUUGUUCAACGCCGCAUCAGCAGUUUACGGCUUAAGAUCUCUGAUCGCUAAAGGCUCAGCAAGUAAAUCAGCGAUCAAUGUAUCCGACCGGGACUCCAACAGCCACUGGGCAACAUCAGCACUGAUACACAGCAGAUCAACGGAUUCCGGGUGGCCGUGGGUAGGACUCGGCAGACCGCAUCACCGACCGCCUCUGACACCGCCGCCCUCGUCACCACCAUGGACACCGACGGCUAUGACGGCGGAGACUACAACGCUACCGAUUACGUCAAUCGUACGACACCUAUCUACUCGAUUAAUCCGGAUUUCAUCACGCAGUGGAAGCUGAAGAAGAAACAGGAAAGGUUUUGCAAACAACUCUACAAAAGAUUAAAUCUAUUAAAUUUCCCAGAAUGUCAAAACUUGCUCGGAAUCCCGGCGUACCACCGGUUGUACGAGAAGGCCAGCAGCAGUGGGAGUGGUGGGGACAGCAGCAGCGGCAGCAGCAGCAUCGGCAAUGGGAUGGACUUGGAUAGUCUUCGCGAGUACAGCAACUGGUUCGCAACGGGUAACUACAGUCUGCUGGAGUGGAACAAUGUCAGUGCGAGCGCCAAUGGCACCGCCGACGGGUUCUACUACAAUGGGACGUUUGUGGUGGGCGAUGGCCGCGACGGUAACGGAAUCGGACCGGUACUGCCACCGUUUGAGCUUUGGCAAACGAUUCUGAUAGCGAUAUGUCUGGCCAUUUGCAUAAUACUCACCAUAGGUGGCAACAUUCUGGUGCUGCUGGCGUUCAUCGUCGACCGAAGCAUUCGACAGCCGAGCAACUACUUCAUCGCGUCACUCGCAGCCACCGAUAUGCUAAUAGGAACCGUUUCGAUGCCCUUUUACACCGUGUACGUCCUUAUGGGAUACUGGGACCUUGGACCGCUGUUGUGUGAUUUGUGGCUCUCGGUGGAUUACACGGUGUGUUUGGUGUCGCAGUACACCGUGCUGCUGAUCACGAUCGAUCGGUUUUGUUCGGUGAAGAUUGCGGCCAAAUACCGCAGCUGGCGAACCAAGAACAAGGUCAUCUGGAUGGUGACGAUCACGUGGAUCAUACCGGCGCUGUUGUUCUUCAUUUCGAUCUUUGGCUGGGAGCACUUUCUCGGCUAUCGAGACCUACUGCCGGGGGAGUGUGCGGUGCAGUUCCUAAAGGAUCCCGUCUUCAACACCGCCCUCAUCAUCGGGUACUACUGGACGACGUUGGUGGUGCUGUUUGUGCUGUACGGUGGAAUCUACAAGACGGCGUACGACAUGCAGAAGAAGAGCGAGGCCAAACAGCGCAAGAUGCAGUCGAUGGUGGCCCUGGGGAACGCCAUGACGGGGCUGGCCGGCCAGGCCGGUGGAAUCGGGAUUUCGAAAACGCAGAGCACCCUGUUGAGUCAGGACAAACCACUGCCAGUGGCGCCAUCGCCGAACGUAAUUCUUCCUACGACACUCUCGCUUACGCCGCAUCAGUUCCCCAAGGAGGAACUUUCGUCCGCGUCACGGAAGAGUUCGGUUCCCAAGCCCAAGGACGAAAAGUGUGAAGAGGCCAAAAAAAGUAAAGAAGAGAAGGAGGGUGACAAGAGUGAACGCUCCAGCAGUCCUGCGUUCGAUUCGGAUGACGAGAGCUCGGCCAACACCAAGCAGCUACAGGAAGAGCAACGAGCAGUGAAGAAGCGAACAUCGUUGGCGGGACUACUGGUUGGUGCGUCGGCUACCGUUUUGUCGAAUCGUUACAACGGGGCCCUCAAGUCAACGUCACCCGCGACAGCGGCAUCUCCAAACGAACCCAGCAGACCGAAAAAGUCCCCUAGUAAUCCAUCGAAAAGCGAAGGACUUCCAAAAAUCAGCGAGGCCAGCAUACUGGAUUCGGAGAACAGCGAUCCCAAACCUCAGGUGUCCCCGCUGAAACCGACCCCGGUGCAGUCUCCCAUUUCCCCGGUUGACAUCGAACCGGUAGUGGUAGCCAGAGCCGAACGGGCGCCGGAAAUCUCGCACACAAUCCUAACACCACCGUACGGCUUUCAGGGAAGUCCACACGCUUCCGAGAGUCCACCGUCCAAAUCCGACAGGCCUCAUAGCAUAAUUAGCCAGGGUGAUUCCACCGUCACGUACGACGCCGUCGUCGGCAUGGACGGUGCCGAUCUACGCUUCAUGGACGAAAGUUCCGUCGUGGUUCCGUCGCCCCAGUACGAGAGUCCACCGUCGGCGUUUGCCGUCGUGCAGCCACGAUCUCCGGCGCACGCGGCCGGCCAAAACAUUGCGAAUCCUUCACUGCUGCAGAAAGCGCUGAUUCGAGCCACCGCCCAGUCCCAGCAGCCACCGCCAACGGUUCUGCUCCGGGCGGUCGACAUUGGACCGCUUUCGCCAACGGGUCAAACGACCACGGCUCAACCGACGCAAACAAUCAAUAAAUUUAGUACAACAGUCACAGUAGCCUCUCAGAAUCCGGACAAACCGGUCACCGUAUUGAAUAAUAACUCCUACACGAAUAAUUCUAACAUAGAUCAACAGGCCUUACAGCAGCAGCAGCAGCAGCAUCCGCAGAACACGCAGGUCGACAGCACGAGCCUUAAUUCGAAAGCGCAAUUAAACAACAACAACAAUAAUUCUUCGUCGGUUUCAAGCACUGCUCCCGAGUCCAAGCCCGUAGCGACCGCUGCAACGACGACGACGACCGUAGCGGAAGCCGCGACAACGACGACCAGCAGUAGCACACCGGUCACGGCCACCUCAACGGCACCACCACCCCAAACGAACGCACUGGCACCACCACCAACGACGACGCACUCGAGUGGUCCCACCAUCACGAUCAACCCCUGCCUGGAGCGGCAAACGUCCAGCAAGCGGGACUUUAUCCGGUCGAUCGGCAAAAGACUGAAGGGCAAGCAGAAGGCCGGUCCGCUCGGGAUCGCCGGUCGGCAAAAGUCCAAGUCGGAAAAUCGCGCCCGCAAAGCGUUCCGCACCAUCUCGUUUAUUCUGGGCGCGUUCGUCGCCUGCUGGACGCCGUACCACGUGCUCGCCCUGGUCGUGGGCUUCUGCUCGAACCCGCCCUGCAUCAACGAGCACCUGUUUAUGUUCUCGUACUUCCUGUGCUACGCCAACAGCCCGAUGAACCCGUUCUGCUACGCCCUCGCCAACCAGCAGUUCAAGAAGACCUUCACCCGGAUUCUGCGCGGUGACCUGCACAUGACUUAAGCCACCCCGAUCCCCCUCGCUGAAAUACAAUAUCAAUUUUAAUGUAAUGAUAUAGACAAUAAUAAUAUUAACGCAAAACAUAAGGAACUAACUAGCUGAACCCAUCAAGUAAGUCACACACACACACAGACAAACAGACGACACCUAGUUAAGAACAUUUAGCGUUUACGAAGGAAAUACCCACCAGUAUUGAGAAUACUGACAAGUAUGUGUAAAUAGUUUUUAGAGAAAAAAGUAUAGACAAAAAAACGCUAUUAAUUUGCUGCGAAAAAUGUGGUUUAUUGCAUUUCAGGGACGCGCAUUCUCGACAAUUUGAAGGGAAAAGUAUCCCGCGCCUCCAUUUUAUAUAAGAUUAUUUUUAAUGACUAGGUCAACAGCAAAAAGGUGUAAAAAGUGGUAUUAUUUUUUAAAAACGCAAAACAACCAUAAAAAUGCAACAGAAAAAAAACAAACAAAACCGUAUGUAUCCUUGGCCAAACUUAACAAAACGCAAGAGCAUCGUUCACUGUUUCGCUGUUUAUGAAAGACAAUUAAGUGUGAUUAGAUAAUUUUCCCAGCUGAAAAAAAAAAAAACAAAACAACGGUACUUAUUUCUCUGCUGACGAAUAAUAAACGCAAAAAAAAUAA